GCCUCCAGCGAGGGGCGGACACUAAGACACACCUGCAACAAUUUUCUACCGAGGAGUAUAUAAGCUCGUCGCCCACAACUGGUCCUUGUCGGUUAAUUUUUGAUCCUGCACCUCCUACGUGCAUGAACCAGCUUCGCCUCGUCAGUCCGGUAUGUUGAUUUUCCUUAUUCAUGUAUUUCCUAACCUUGUUGUAUUUUGUUUUAUAGCCUCCGGUCAGGCCACGUCAGGUGACGUGCGAUUCUUCCUCACCCAGUGUGAGAUUUUUUUUUAACUAUUGCCAACUUCCUUUUAUUCUGAAAGAGCUCGUGUGGCUUUUAUCAUGUCCCAUAUGAGUGGCCGGGCAUCGGCCUGGGCCACCGCGGAAUGGACACGCCAUUCUCCUGUGUGUGCCUCGUAUGCCUCUUUGCCAAAGCCAUGGAGAACAUUUUCCAGCACGAAAAACCAGGACGUGAGGCGGCAAGGGCAUUACUUCGUCUGCAGCAAGGACAGCAGAGUGUCACGGACUUCGCCAUCGACUUCCGUAGGCUCGCUGCUGAGAGCGGAUGGCCCACUUCCGCAUUGGUGGACGUUUUUUCUCUUGGUCUGGCUGAUUGAGUCCGGAAACAUAUAAUCUAGCUCAAAACUACCGACAACCUCAAAAAGCUCGUUGCUCUGGCAGUGAGGAUUGAAAAUCACCUCGUGGACUGGGAAAGAGAGAGAUUCCGACGCCAGGACUUCCGCUCUUUGACGUAUAGUGGGAGUGGCCAUGAGGCGCGUCAAAACUUCACACCGAUACCCGAUGUCGAUGCCCCGCCGAUAUCACCGGAAGAGGAACCGAUACAGUUCGGAGGUAAUCGUCUCUCUCCAGCUGAGAGAGAUCGUCGCCUUUGCCUCCAGCUGUGUUUAUAUUACGGCAAAGCUGAGCAUUACUUAUCCCAUUGUCCUCAUCGUCCUGACCGCCGCCGUACUCAAGCGUUGCCUCCGUUCCGCACCCAAGCGUCGCCUCCACUGCACACCCAAGCGUUGCCUCCGCUGCACACCCAAGCGUCGCCUCCGCUGCGCACUCAAACGUCGCCUCAGCUCCGCACUCAAGCGUCGCCGCCCUGCCUCGUUCCAGCUUUACUUCCCCCCGCGACCAACGCAGCUCAUCUACUGGCAGCUACAGGUUGACGCUUCCGACUCCGGCGUGGGGGCUGUUCUCUCCCAUCGCUCCACAUCCAACAAGAGGCUGCACCCCUGCGCCUUCUUCUCACGCUGUCUGACUCCUACAGAACGCAAUUAUGAUAUUGGCAAUAGAGAGCUACUCGCCGAAGUGUUGGCACUACAAGAAUGGAGGCACUUGGUCGGAGGUUUCGGAGACACCGUUUGUGGUGUUCACAGACCACAAGAAUCUGGCCUAUAUUCGUACUGCUCGAUGGCUCAACCCAAGACAAACAAGGUGGGCGUUGUUCCUAGCCAGAUUUAACUUCACCAUGACUUUCCGCCCCGGUUCCCAGAACAGAAGACCAGACGCCCUGUCAAGGAUGUACUCCUGCCCCGAAAAAGAGGUCAAGACCGAGACAAUCAUGCCCCCAUCAUGGGUACUGAGAGCGCUGCAGUGGGACAUUGAAGGCCACGUUAUGGAGGGACCCAGAAACGUCCCCUCUCCUAAGAACUGCUCACAGGGACAUUUGUUUGUGACCCCAGAGCUCCGCCCUGAAGUUCUGAACUGGGCCCACAGCUCCAAGGUCACCUGCCACCCGGGCAUAACCCGUACCUUUUCCUCCUAUCCCAGCGUUUCUGGUGGCCAUCAUUCAGGGCCGACACCAAGGACUUCGUAUCGGCCUGUGCCACAUGUGCCCGUAAUAAGGCUUCUCACUGGGCACCAGCUGGUCUUCUGCGGCCGUGGUCCCAUGUGGCAUUGGACUUUGUCACAGGACUUCCACCGUCCAAGGGCAACACAGUGAUAUUAACUUUGGUGGACCGUUUUUCCAAGAUGGCCCUAAAUUGCCCUCUGCACUCGAGACUGCAGAACUGCUCACACGCCUUGUUUUCCGGCUUUGUGGUAUCCCGGUGGAUGUGGUUUCGGAUAGAGGUCCACAAUUCUCGUCUGCUGUUUGGAAGGCGUUCUGCAAAGCAUUAGGAGCAUCACCCAGCCUGUCUUCAGGAUACCACCCACAGACUAACGGUCAGACUGAGUGCACUAAUCAAGACCUGGAGGCCGCCAUCCGCUGCGUCUACCACCAACACCCGGCCUCCUGGGCGUUCAAUCUACCAUGGAUAGAGUACGCUCAUAAUACGCUCAUCAGUUCUGCUACUGGCAUGUCACCUUUCCACUCUGCCUACGGUUACCAACCCCCCGCCUUUCCUUCUCUGGAAUCAGAGAUCGCCGUCCCAUCCAUGGCUGCCCACCUGCACCGCGCUCAUCAAGCCUGGCGCAAUACGCGGUCUGCACUGCUAGGCACCUCAGAGUUCAACCAGCGGCUCGCUAAUCGCCACCACAGCACCAGACUACAGGCCCGGUCAGAAGGUAUGGUUGUCGUCUCGGGAUCUUUCUCUCCAGGUGGACUCUAAAACACUCCAGCCAAGAUUUAUUGGGCCUUAUCUCAUUGAACGUAUCAUUAAUCCCUCUGCCGUUCAAUUACGCCUCCCCGACUCCCUAAAGAUACAUCCCUCUUUGCACGUCUCCCUGAUCAAGCCCGCCUCCACCAGUCUCCUGAGUCCUCCAGAGGUGCCUCCUCCACCCCCCAGGCUUAUUGAUGGCCAUCCGGCGUUCUUUGUCAAGGCCAUUCUUGAGCUCGUUACCCUCCAGCGAGGGGCGGACACUAAGACACACCUGCAACCAUUUUCUACCGAGGAGUAUAUAAGCUCUUCACCCACAACUGGUCCUUGUCGGUUAAUUGUUGAUCCUGCACCUCCUACGUGCAUGAACCAGCUUUGCCUCGUCAGUCCGGUAUGUUGAUUUUCCUUAUUCAUGUGUUUCCUAACCUUGUUGUAUUUUAUUUUUUAGCCUCCCUGAGGCAGUAGAGACUUUUUCCCUGUGCACUAGUGCGCCCUGGCUUUUCCACUGCUGACCACUGGGGAACCGGCUUCAUUUAGUUUUCAUGGUGUGCAUUUUCUGCCCCAUCGCUU